UUUUUUUUUUGGCUGAAACAAACUCGUUUCAACUUUUUGUUGCCAAUUAUUUAGAUCUCUUCCUCAAAAUAUUCAGCUCAGCAUACAGUUUCCAUUAUCUAUUGUGUUGCAUUGCCCAAUUUGGAGUCACGGCAUAUUCACAAUUCUUGGCUAACUGUACUUUGCGUGCAAUGCCAGCCAUAAUCAAAUAAUUUUUUUUUAGUUGCUGCUCGUAUAACAUAUAAAAUGCUCGGGUGUCUCAUUUAAGUAACUACAGUUAUUUUGACUGUUGAAAAAAUGUUAUCCAAGUUAAAAGCUUCCUUGUACAUAUUUGCACUGCUGUGCCUAAGCUCCGGACUUGUUAGUUCCUCAGGGGAUCGUGCUAAGGAUAAUGGUGAUAUAUUCAUCAUAAGUUAUGACAGCUUCGAUGGCGAUGUGGAUGAUAUAUCAACCACAACAGUUUCUUCUAGAGCUGCUAAUUAUGUAGAUUUUGAUGAGGUUCUACGCGAAUGUAAUUCCAGUUUUAUAACACCCAUGUCACAUGUGCUUCAGUUCAAUACCACGGGCAAGUUGCUAGAUGAAAAGGACUUAACCAGCAAGUGCUACUUUCGAUGCUUCUUUGAAAAAGCUGGCAUAUUGGAUAAUUUCAAACUGAAUGGUGAUCUUGUGCGGAAGUAUAUGUGGCCGGCAACAGGCGACUCUAUAGAGUACUGCGAAGGGCAGGGCAAGAACGAGACAAAUGCUUGUAUAAGAGCCUAUACCAUUACCCAGUGUGCUAUGAUGCGAGCCCUAACGGAUGCAAGGAAUAAGCCCAUGGUUUAAAUUAAAAUAUAAAAUACAAAUAAAUUUCUACACGUUUAAAUGCAAAUAGUAAUAGCUUACACACAAUAUACGAUAUACAUAUUCAUUGAGCAUGGCAUUUAAACUAAUUGAUGGUUUA